AAGCGGAGACGUCGUGUGGAGUUGUGCAUGUAGUUUCCAAGGAUGGCUUGAGAGAAUUGUGAGGUUAUUAAAACUGAAAAAUCAACAACCAUGUAUCUCAUGAAGGCAAAGAAGGAUUUUGAGCGCUUAGAUCAGCGAGAACUUCAAGAAAAACGAGAUAAAUAUGUUGAACAGCGCGUGUACAGUUCUUCGGCCGAGACAUCAAGAGCAGCCGACGCAAACUUGAGCCCUCAACUGAGGGGCUCUGAUGGGGGAUUCCGUCAUAAACAAAUGUCUGAGUUUAAACCCGAGGACUUACCUGAUGGGGCAUGUUAUCGGCCGAAGUCUGUCACACACGGUGACAAAGAUGCACAGACAGCUGUCAGAGUAUCAGAGUACACUGGCUCCUUCUCAGUGCAGGGUAACGACGAAACCUCCAGGACAGACUUUGUCAGGAAACAGCUGGAACAGAUGAGAAGUGUUGAAAAAAGGAAGAAAGUUCUGUUGGUAAUCUCUGUGACAGGUAUAAAGGUGUGCAGUGAAGAUGGCCAGAGUGUGUACAUGGCCCAUGCUCUAAAGAGGAUCUCAUAUGCUUCCUGUGAUCCUGACAACAGACAGUUUUCUUUCCUCGCUAGAGAGCCAAAAGGUCAUAUCAAUGUUCAGUUUUGUCAUGCCUUCCAGAGUGAUACAUCUGAUGAGGCCGAGGAGCUGAACACAGUGGUAGGGAACGCUUUCAAGAUGGCGUAUGCACAGCAGCAGGACAAACAACCCACAUUCCAUGAGCUGAUCGAGCUUCAGUUAGAGCAGCAAAAAGUUCAGUUUCAGGAGUACCAAGAAGAGGCACAGCGCUCGCUGGAGAAACGGCUCAAGGAAAUCUCCACCCCGACGCCCUUCUCCGAGAAAGCCAUGCAGCGAAUGGAAAUGAGGCGACAGAGCAGCGGGGGUAGUCUGGAGGAAGCCAUCACUUCCGCUAAAGAGCGGGCGGAGGCGGAGAGACAGAACGCCAAACAGAAAGCAUGGCGCAAUCCUCAUUUACUCACAUCUCAGGCCAAGUAUGCAAUUGGAAAGGUGAAGCACAAACCAGGGUAUUUUGAAGGUGGCCCAGCGAGCCCCCCUGUCUCACCCCCGCCACUGAUGACAUUUCUGUCAGAUCCAGGACCAUCAACGUCAGGAUUGCGAACGGACUCAGAGUCUUCUCAGCCGUCAGCAGCUUCUGCGGGUACAGAUGGCUUUCAUGCUCCCUCUGUGGCAGCUAUACGAGAGUCUCUAGAAAAUCAGAACAAUAACUCCAAGAGUUCAAAAUCCAAAAUUAAAGGAUCUCCAGUGACAGCGUUAAAAGAUACUAUAGAUAAACAGUACAACGUUAACGGAAUUACACAAUCAGGGACGCCGCAGCAAAAUGGUGGCCGGCCUCAUGUCCAAGUGGAAAAUUACAUGUACCCUGUGAAUAAUGGACGGCCCAAGCCAACAGCUCCACCGGAAACACAAGUGAUUGAUCAAUCCUCGUCACAAAGCCGGCCUCUCGGUCACAUGAUGCAUCGACCCUUGCCUGCUAUACCGCCAAGCAACAGCGUCACCAACAACUGCCAUCCUAACCAGCGUGCCAGCGUUCACAGUAGCAGUUCUGAAGAGGACCCUUUUCUGGCCUAUAGUCCCAGGUCGGGGGCUCCUGCCAAACAGCAAGGACAAGCCCGGGAACUGAAGGAGAAAUACGGGAAAAGUCGACUAGUUCAAGACUCUAGUCCGGUUCGCAAGAGAAAUAAAGAGCUAGUGAAUGGCCGCCAACCUGAAAGCCCACGACGAGACAACGGCAACAUGAAGCCUGCCAACGGACACGUGAACGCUAACGUAAUCAUUCAGAAUAAGCGUGAUUCUGAGCCGAUAUAUCGUUCUGCGGCCACCCAAACUUUUGGUGAGGACAAACCCGACGUGUAUGGGGUCCGCCCGCACAGUGUUCCCAACCCUCAGAUGAUAUAUGGGGUCAAGGUAGGGCCCCCAGGACAGUUGCAGUACCAGGAGGAUAUAUACGAUGAAAGAUACGCUAUAGGUCCAGCGGCCUCCUCCAGUCAGGCUCCUCGCUACCAGAACGACAGCCCCUUCCAUUACCAGGGGUCAGGGGACAACUGCGGAGCUUCGUAUGAAUCUCCAGUCUCCCCUCUGAGGCUUGACUCGUUACGGAACCUAGACAGAAGUUACAUAGAAGAUGAGUCUUUGAGGCAUUGUUCCUGGUAUCAACCUGGUAUACCAAGAGAGAUAGCUCUUGAUAUUCUACAGCAAGAGGAGAUUGGAUCGUUUAUUGUUCGCGACAGUACAACACAUCCUGGCUGCUACGCUCUGUCUGUCAAAGUGCCAAAGUUUGAAAAUCCUUCAGGGAUUUCACAUUAUCUUAUCCUGAAGACUCAAAGGGGGGUCAAAUUGAAGGGUCUGGACAAGGAGUGGUCUAACCUGACAGCCUUAGUCACCCACCAUACGGUUAUGCCGGAGAUGUUACCUUGUACCUUGAGGUUACCCCGCAACAACAAGAACCCCACGUUUAAGGCCACGGAUAAGGACGAUAAGGAAGAGGAUCCAGAUUAUCAGAGAUUAUCUGAUUUCACCUCCAUGAUGGACUCUCUCAAAAUGUGAUAGCCGAAAUCGGAGUAAGAGAAAUGAUAUCCAUUGUCAAAUUCUACACCUACCAAUAUUUUAGAUGUUCAGAUGUCGACAAAAACAAAGUUUUUAUAAUCCGCAAGAGUGGUCGAUGUCUUUUGUGAAGAACUGGUCAGCGUGCAUAGAGGUUAUAAUAGGUAAGAGAGUCAACAAGGAGAGGAAAAAUUCAUAAUCAUUCGUUAGAUUCUGUGAGUUUACACAGUGUUUGCAGAGAUACGGAGAGUAAGUACUGUUGAUUUGGCUCUUGUGUACAGCCCAAAGGAAAUCAUUGACUUCUUUAAGCUGAUAUUAUCUGAAUCCCUUUGUGGCAACAAUGUGAAUUACAGCAACCUUUCUCUAUUGGCUGUGAGGGUGCUUCAAACACACUGGACGCUAUGAAGUGCAAUGAUGCGGUGUUGCAUGAAGGACACAUUUUCACAACUGAGCUGGUUUUCAUAUAGUGGCACUCGAGUAGAGUACAAGCCAGUGCUAGUAACCAGACACAAGCUGUUAACGCGCAUGUCGGCAGAAAACCAGUAGAAAAACUGAUUUCAUUUGCAUCAGUCAUUUUAGUUUGUUAAGAGUUUAUGUGCCAUCUCAAAAAGGACUCAGCUAGUUGACUACAAACUGUGCAAUUUCUUUGCUAUUUGACCUGGUGUGUGAUUCAGGUAAUAACAUCAGCAUAUUGGCAGAUCCCUGUACGCUUACAGCUACCGAUAAUCAUGACCUGCCUUUUCCGAAGGUUCGGUGGACUUCAAGUGUUCGACAGUUGUGUGAAUGACCUUUGACACAGUGUGUGGGUUUGAAAACUGCAUGUGUGUAAUCGCUAGGAUGUGAUUUUGUCUGUUAUUAGCAUUAUUUAUAAAAAAAAAUAUUUAUAAGGCAUGUCUUUUUCCAUGUGCGUAAUGCAGGUGUGUUGUGAUGAAUAUAGUUAAUAUUGUGUAGAUGAAAUAGAGGUGUACAUUCUCCUAUAGGCAAGCUUCACCACUCCGCAGUAUUACAAAACAUCACUUCACAGUCUAUAUAGAGCUAUAUGAUAUAGCUUCCAAACAAUGCUUAAACUGCAUACAAGUAGCUACCUUGUAUCAGUACCAUUAGAAAUAAGUUCCACAAUCGCAUAUAGAUGCAUGUAUUCUUGCUAUCAAAUGAAAAUAUAGAGGUACAUGUAUCUGUUUGUAUAACAGAUAUGAUUAUUUAAAAAAGCAAUUUGCAAAACAAUAAAAAAAAAGUAAGCAGUGCAGAAGUCCAUGUAAAUAUGGGUUGGCAUUUUUUGACAUCUUACUGUGAUGAAAGAUGGUACAAAUUGUUAAGUAGCGGUGCAGCUCUUGUAAGGUGUAUGUAACAAAAAAACUAUUACUAUGUAACAAAAAAAUGAGUACUAUUAUUCACUUAAAGUUUAGCUUUUUUCAAGCAACACCGGCCAAACUUCAAGUGAAACACAGUAUACUGGAUUAGAUAUGGUCAUGGACAGUUUAGGCUUUCCUUUAUGUAAAUGUGUCUUCUGCAAAAGUAACUACUUGUAUUAGACGUAUAUAUGAAACUUUUAUCUGUCUCUUUACUCGAUCAUGGUGUUGUAACAUGUACACGUCACAGAAUCCUACUACAUGUUCUGUACCUUAGCAAGUCUACAUACAUAACAAUUUGUAUACAUCUAAGUGUUGGCAACUUGAUUUUUGUAUUUCAGGAGUGGUUAUGCAAGUCUUAUUUGUCAGUUACACAUGUACCUUACCUACAUGUACAUAUGUUGAAUCUUUUUACGGUUUUGAAAAGUAUAUUUUCAAAAGGAAAGUUUUUAAUUUGACCAUAUCUACUUUUAUAGUAUUCUAUCUAUUUGGUUUAAAUUGUCUUCUUUUCGUACAGUUUAAGAAAGAAAUUGAAUAGGUUAUUGUGAAAAAAGAAAAUCUAUUUAACUGACGUAAGCUAGAUACACUGUUGUUAAUUUAUAUGCAAAUAUUAAUGAUAUAUAAUUGUAUAGGAUCCAGGUGUAAUAUGUAAAUUACUACCUUCAAACUUACAUGUAUCGCUGCUCCACGUUAUCAACUUCGCCUUCAAAUUUUGUACUUUACAAAUGUGUACACAGUGGUUGUGUUGUAUUUAAUGUUCACGAUGUACAGUGUGAAUACAGAAUCCUGUCCGUCUGUCUGUAUAUCUGUAUGUAUGUACAUUUUACUUUGUAGCAGAUGUAAAUAUUUGCAUCUAUAGGAAAUGUACAUCUAUGUAUUAUGCAAAAUAGUGCACUUGCGUAUAAUAUAUAGGCAUCACCUGAUUGGGUAAGGGAGACUACUCCUUGAGAGAUAUCACACAGGCAAGAAUUCCUUCUUUACAUUUAUACAGGCUGCAUUUUCACAGUUGUCAUGACACAACCAAAUAGACUUUGUGAGGAGGUGCAUGGACAUGUGGUUGUUUACUAAAACAAAUGGAGAUAUUCUAUGAAAGAGUCUGAACUACACAGCUUUCCUUUUAGGUAUGCAUAUAUACAUGUUACCUUUCUUUUUAAGUUUAUUUCAAAUUUCAAACAAAAAACAUGUUCCAGCAUCUUUCAAAUACAUAGUCAGCACAGUUUAUUUCACUGAUUUUAUUUCUUGUGUGAUUUAAUAAAACCAGUUGUGUAGUCAACAGCUGACUAUACAAAAAUUUUAAUAAGUGGCUUGAGAUCCUGUCUGCACAUACGAUAUUGUGCAUGUAAAGCACUAAAGAUGUCGGGUAUUUCAUGGGUUGUGUUCUUUUUUUUUUUCUUUUCCAAGCAUUCUACGCAUUGUUGUGUAAUAUGUGCUAUGUAUAAAUAAAUGUUAUGCCUUUCAUGCUUCCUUGUGAUAUAUUCUUACCCAUUUCCUCAAAUGAGAACUAAUUCAAUCCUGAAGUGCAAAAAUGGUGAAAUAGAAAGACAAUUACACAUGCAUUGUGUUACAUGUACGGUAGGCCCUACAUUAACUGUUUGCUUUAUGCCAAGCACAAAGACCAUUUCUUUGUUUGGUAAAUGUUUUGUAGGCAUGCAGAUUUGCUUGUUAAAAAGGCCAUGUAGGAAGAAUUCUAGGUGUAGAUUCAUUGGUUUGUUGUUACUUUUGCAACUGAUUAUGUUUCUUGAGGAAUUCUUGUUACAGAGACUAGAAAAUUGUUAGAAUGAAACAGUUUUGAACCAGAAAAAAAAAUUCUGGAUAAUACAAUUGGUCAAAUGAUCAUGUCCUGUUUGUUUUUGGUGAUCUGUUAAGUUAUUUUACGUUAUGAGGGUUUGUUUUCGCUUUGAAGAGUUUGUAACACUGCAUUAAAAUAUUGAUAAACAUCCAUCAAGAUAUUGAAAACCAGUUUCGUGUUUAAAUA